UGCUCACGUGUCACUUUGGUCGUUCGUGGCGGUUCGUUUGUUUAAAACUCGUCGUCUCCGCUGAGCUAGCUCCGUUAGCCGGCUCUGCUAGCUUACUUUACAAUUCUGCGCGAAAAACUGCGCAAAAAACUGCGCCACCGCUGAGGGAACCGCUUUAAAGGGACUUUCUGUGUAAUCAGAUCCAGAUAAUUUCAUGUUAGCCUUCAGCUGGUUUGGCGGCAGGCUGCAGAGGUGCAGGAGCACCAUGAAACCACCUCCGCAGACGCAGUCUCCUCCCGUACGCAGCUCUGUAUUCGAAGGCAUCUACAACAACACGCGCAUGCUGCACUUCCUCACGGCGGUGGUGGGCUCCACCUGCAACGUGAGAGUGAAAAAUGGCGCCACGUACGAGGGAAUCUUCAAGACGCUGAGCUCGCAGUGUGAGCUCGCUGUGGAUGCUGUUCACAAAGUGAGUGAAGGAGGAGGAGGGAGCGAGUCCUCUGCUCCCAGGAUUGAGGAAAUUACUGACACCAUGAUCUUCAGCCCCACUGACCUCGUUACCAUGACGUGCCGGGACGUCGACCUGAACUUUGCCGUCAGAGACGCGUUCACAGACUCGGCCAUCAGCUCGUCGCGGCUGAACGGGGAGCACCGGGAGAAGGUGCUGCAGCGCUGGGAUGGAGAUGGGAACGGAGAGAACUUUGACCUGGAGUCAGACACGUCGAACGGCUGGGACGCCAACGAGAUGUUCAAGUUUAACGAGGAGACGUACGGCGUGAAGUCCACCUACGACUCCAGCCUGUCCAUGUACACCAUGCCUUUGGAGAGGGGGAGCUCAGAGGUUUACCGGCAGCGGGAGGCUCGAGCGGCUCGGUUAGCCAGCGAGAUCGAGAGCAACCUGCAGUCCCGCCGCCGCGUUUCCCUGGAGAACGACGAGGGCCGAAGCGAGGAGGACAAAUACAGCUCGGUGGUACGAGAGAGGGAGGAGAGGGCGAGCCCCGGGUUCACCUCCACGAGCAGGGAGGGUAAAUACAUCCCCCUCCCUCAGAGGGCUCGAGAGGUCGGCCUGUCUGCCAGCAGCAUCAGACCCGGGGCCUCCGGUCGGGCCGCCGCACCCGCUCCUUCCAGACACCUGCCGCCCAGCUCCUCCUCCCCCAAACCAGCCUCUGAUAGGAGCAGCCCGCUGUCUGUCAGGACCUCCUACUCUCCCAGCCAAUCGCAGAGCAGCCCACCCACAGCCAGCAGCCCGCACUGCACCAAUCACGUUCUCCCGCACUCCCUCUCGCAUCCACAGACGCUGGCCGACACAACACGCUCGUCUGUAAAUGGAGUUUCAUCCAGAAUGUCCCCGAAAUCCCUUCAGAGACCUCAGAGCAACAGGACGCUGCGAACCCCGAAUUCCCAGUCCUCCCCUGCAGCGUCUCGUGCUCUGAAACCAGACGCCCCUCCCCAGGAUUCCUCGGCAGUUGGCCCCGCUUACCUGGACUCCUCCCCUUCUGGUGUUACCAUGGGAACCACUGCCACCAAACCCUCUGGCCCCACCCCCCUCUUUCCUGUUGAUGUGAAUGAAAUCCUGAGCGCGGCGGCCAAAGAGCGAGCUGAGAGUCUGUCCACUCCGCAGGACUCCAAGAGCAGCAAAGCUCCUUCUCUUCAGCAGAGGUCUCAACUGGAGGAGCUCCGCAAGUUUGGCAAAGAGUUCAGGCUGCAGGCGAGCUCCUCCCCUUCGGCGAGCCCGGCCUCUGCAGACACUCCUCAUCAGGACAGCUCCACCCCCUCCACAGAGUCUUCCUCCUCCUUCUCCUUGUCCCCCAGCCCGCCUAAACCUGUCGCAGCUACAGAGGCAGCUCCGCCCAUCUCAGGAUCCGCUGCCUCGCCCCCUGCAGCUCCACCCAGCCCUCGCUCCUCAGGACUGGAGGGAGCGGCCGCCAGCGGAGAGGAGUCGUGCGGCGAGCGAGCAGAGGCUGUGACCCCGGCUGCAGUGCAGGUGAAAAACUCGACACUGAAUCCAAACGCAAAGGAAUUUCUUCCCGUUAAAGGAAACUCAGUUCUGAAACCGGCCUCGAACCCCGCCCCGCCUCGGCCGACCCCGCCCAGCCCCGCGGUGGUCCUCCCCGGUCCGGGACAGCCAGGAGGAGGGACCAUCUACAGCAGCCCACCGGGACACUACCUGUCCUACAUCUCCCCCAUCCCCCUGCAGGGACACGCCAUCCAGGCUCCUCAGGUGUAUCAGUACACCGUGUCCACUGUCAGCCAGGGGAAGUACCCCAGACCCAAAGGCUUGGUUGGGGGUCCACGUCCGGACCAUCACAGCUCCCCGGCCUCCUCCAUGAUCUCAGCUGCAGUGUCAGCAGCAGGAACCCCGCUGGUGGCCUCGCCUUACCCCCCGUCCUACCUGCAGUACAGUCAGGUGAUCCAGGCCAUGCCCCCACACUACCACGGACAGCCGGUUUACUCGAUGCUGCAGGCAGGUGCGAGGAUGCUGACCUCCAGCGUUGCUCCUCAGCCUAUCGGUCCUCCAGGCCCGCAGUUCCCAGGACAGGCCGACGGCCCACCGGGCCCCCAACAGGCCAUAUAUGCUGCUCAGUCCAUCCAUCCUCUCCACUCGGGCUCCAUCCAUCCUCCUCAGCCCUCCAGCACCCCCACUGGGAGUCAGCCCCCACCCCAGCACGCGACGCCCAGUCCCGGACACGCUCAGGUGAGUCAGGGCGGUUCUCAGGCUCAGUCUUUGUUCCACUCCGCGGGUCUGUCAGCUCCCACGCCUCCUAACCUGCCGCCGGGACACGGCUCGCCGCAGGCCUCCUACACCAUGCAGGGAUACAGCCUGCCCACCCCCCAGCAGCUGUCCCACGGCUUCCCUUCAAUCAGCCAGCUCACACAGGCUCACAUAACGGGCGCCAUGUCGGGACCUCACCACUCCGCGGGCCACGGCCCUCCGCCCGUCAUGCUGCACUAUGCCCCCCCACAGCAGGGUGGCGGCUCCAACCCCCAACACGGCCCGCCGCCCCAGCAGGGGGCACCGCAGCACUUCUACAUCGGACCCCCACAAGCUCUCCAGGUUCAGGCUCACCCCACCCAGCAGCUGUCCUUCCAUCCCUCUGCCAACUGAAAUCUGCACCGCUGGAUUCACGAAGGCGGCGUCGCCCCCAACUCGUAACAUUCCCCUCCUCCCGAUGAAUUAACACGUCCUCGUUUCUACCUGAAUGUUUUAAAGAAGCAGGCGACGGGAACGCCUCACAUGAGGAGUUUGACUGUUUGGACACACGGACAUGAAACCGGACUGAAGAUGUUCAAACUGGUGGAAAGUUUGGCCCCCGUCCUUCCUGUCCUUUUAGACGAAACCAGUUCAUUAUUAAUAAAAGCACUGAAAACACUUUAA